AUGGCUUCCAAGCUCCUCAGUCUUCUGGCAGCCUUGCCAAUCUGCAUCAAUGCAGCACCCAACCUUCUGCCCCGUCAAGAUUCUGGCAAUACUGCAACUGUCGACCUGUCAGUUGGAGCUCGCCGCGGUGCACCCCAGAAUCUCGCUUCGGGAGUUCUCUAUGGUAUCCCCGAUGACCCAACCCAAAUCCCCGAUAAUUUCUACAGCGACAUGGGCUACAACUAUGCCCGUAUCGGUGGUGCUCAGCUGGCUGAAGGUGGCUGGAGUGAGGGCAUUGACGCCUAUUAUGCACGCUUCAACAACACCAGAGACAAUUACAUCCAGGCUCGCAAGUUUGGCGCAAAGGUUAUUGUUCUCCCUCAUGAUAUUUGGGGAACUGAUCAUGCAAACGAUUCUACCGUUUGGCCGGGUGAUAAUGGCGAUUGGACCAACUAUGAUCAGUAUCUUGACCAACUGCUUGGCGACCUCAAGGCCAACGAUAUGCUCGACGGCCUCGUCUAUGACACUUGGAAUGAGCCUGAUGGCGGCUACUUCUGGAAACGCUCUCAGGCACAGUACCUGGAUCUGUGGUCCCGCACCUACCAGCGUAUCAGACAAGACUCUGACCUGUCCGGAGUCUGGAUCAGUGGACCUUCCUACGCAGGUACACCCAACACCGGCAACGACUGGUGGACCAACUGGGCCGCCCGCAUUGUAGCCGACAACACAAUCCCCGACCAGUACACUUGGCACGAUGAGCCCGGUGACGUGGCCGUAGAUAUCCCCCAAUGGCAAUCCAUCCAAUCGCAAUACUCCCUUCCCAACAAAGAGAUCAACAUCAACGAAUACGCCACUUUCGACCAGCAAAUCUCUGCUGGAGCGGCUUGGUGGAUUUCUCGCCUCGAACGCUACAACCUCAGAGGAUUGAGAGGAAACUGGCUUUCGGGCUGGCAGUUGCGCGAUUUCCUUGCUAGUCUGUUGACCAAGACUGACACUAAUGACUACACUGGCACUGGGUAUGCUGGCAAUGGCGAGUACAACGUCUACAAGUACUACUACAACAACAUGACCGGCGAGAGAGCAACCACAACCAGCACCGGGGACGGCGUAAUGGAUGUCUACGCAACCGUCGGCACAGACAAGGCUCGUGUGCUCACCGGUGUCCUCAAUCAACAAGGUACUUGGUUCAUCACACUCAACAACCUUUCCGCACUCGGCUUGAGCACUUCUGGCGUUUUGAACAUCCAGACUUGGGGCUUUGAUGAUGCAGGACACUUUGGUGCUGUUGCUGGCCCUUCGGACCGUGGUGUUUAUGGCCACCAGUAUGAUGGCGACACAGUCACUUUUCCAGUAUAUCAAACUUCCCAGGAUGAGAACACUGCUUGGGGGUUCGAGUUUGCUGUUGGUGGCUAG